AUCCCGGGAUAAGUCCAUGGUGUUCCGCUCCCAACUGGAGCUGUACAGCGCCGCCCUGCCCUUCCUGCCCAACUCGGCCGAUCGCGCAUUCCUCCUGCUGGCCAGCUCCCGGCCCCAGGAAGAGCCGUCAAUGUUCCAGCUACCGACCAUCAACUUCACCCCGGAGCAAGUGGCCAGCGUGUGCGAGACGCUGGAGGAGACGGGGGACAUCGAGCGCUUGGGCCGCUUCCUCUGGUCCUUACCCGUGGCGCCGGGCGCCUGCGAGGCCAUCAACAAGCACGAGUCCAUCCUCCGAGCCCGAGCCGUGGUGGCUUUCCACACGGGCAACUUCCGCGACCUGUACCACAUCCUGGAGAACCACAAGUUCACCAAGGAGUCGCACGGCAAACUGCAGGCGAUGUGGCUGGAAGCCCACUACCAGGAGGCCGAGAAGUUGCGCGGACGUCCCCUGGGGCCGGUCGACAAGUACCGGGUCCGCAAGAAGUUCCCGCUGCCCCGCACCAUCUGGGACGGCGAGCAGAAGACGCACUGUUUCAAGGAGAGGACGCGCAGUUUGCUGCGGGAGUGGUACUUGCAGGACCCCUACCCCAACCCGUCCAAGAAAAGGGAACUGGCCCAAGCCACCGGCCUGACCCCCACCCAAGUGGGCAAUUGGUUUAAAAACCGCAGGCAGAGAGACAGGGCAGCAGCCGCCAAAAACAGGCUGCAGCAUCAGGCGGUAGGGCAGAGCGGGGUGUGCUCACUGUCGGAGCCGGGUUGCCCUGCUCACAGCUCGGCAGAGUCGCCGUCCACAGCCGCCAGUCCCACCACCAGCGUAUCGAGCCUGACCGAGAGAGCCGAGACAGCCACGUCCAUCCUAUCGGUAACCUCUAGCGACAGUGAAUGUGAUGUAUGAUAUCUAUAUAUAUAUAUAUAUAUAA